AUGCCUCGCUCUAAGAAAAACGUAGCUUUAGAGGCUGCCCCUCAGUCUGGCGCACACCAGCCUGAAAUUCAAGCGAAUAAAAUCCACCGGUUUCCCGUGAUCGAGCAAAGCUUGGAGUUAAUGAAGAUAACACUACACAUGACCAUCGCAUCGCUCUUAUUUAUGCGUGGAUUAUUGCCCAUGCAAGUCUUCGGCGAGCGGAUUCUGCGAGCAAACCGCUUCCACGAGCGCUAUACCUAUGCCAAUUUUGUAAAUGGGAAGAGCAAGGGCAACUUCGCACGUAACCGAUCAGAAUAUGUUCCUAUAUGGGCGAUUGAAAGACACAUGAGCGACGAAGCCGAUAAGCUUCUGGACCUUUUAUUUACUAUCAUUGCGAACAAAGACUUGCCAAACAAAGUUCUAGAAUCUUACACCUUCACCUUCGACAAUUUCGGUGAGCGCGGCACCGCCGAUCGUCUAACAAACGGCCCAAGGAUGGAUUUCGUCAGCCCUCAUGAGGAUCGAGCGAGCAUGCGUAAUAUGAUUUUCGAAGGGAAGGCCCUCAUCAGACGGUUGAUCACGAUGUGUGCUGAAAGCCCAGCAUUACCUAACGAGCGCAGCUUGGGAAUACAUGUAUUCUAUAAGCCGGAAUGCCCUGCAUCCUAUGAUGUGCAUGGGUUUGCUGAUUCUCAAGACGACACUAUCGAAUAUCCGCGGACUUCCUACUGGGAAAGGACGAGGCGAUUUUACGGAAGCAUUGACAGCGGCUUUCACACAGUCGGGUUGAGAGUGAAUUCUCUCAUUUCUACCUCACCCGUUGGCGAGGCUCAUUUCCCUUUCGCGGAGGAGGCGAACGAAGAAGCAGUGCUACGCUCUGAAGAGGUCGGCAUUCCCACACCUGCUCAAAUGCCAUUGGACGUAGUUGGGGACAUAUAUAUCUCCACGGAUGAAAGCACUGCUGGUGGCACCGAUGAUGCAAUAGACUUUUCUGAAGAGUUCCCAGGUCAUCAAUACUUGUCAAUUGCGACCAAGAUGAGAUCUACAGAGAAGAAAGUGGACGAGAGAAUUUUCUUUAAGCAAGAAGACGUGGAAUUUUAUCAGUCUCAGAUGCACAAAAUGGCUCAGGCAGCGGCUAAGUCCGUCGAAGUUGGUUCGGAUGACUCUUCAGAAACCAAUUUUGGCACAACAAGGGUCACCCUUGAACGCACGAGAAAGUCUAGUGUACCUUUCAAUUGGUCACAGGAGGAAGUUUACACAACAUUUCCCGUUAGCCGCGAUGGGAUUCACCUUUCUAAGGCUCGCCAAGAGUCUAGGAUCAACUUCUUCCCGGCUAAAUAUAUUCGUCGCUUGCAGGACACGGCAUCGAAACCCACUGUCGCAGCAAGGACGAUAGACUAUAUUGAGACUCGCCACGGCGCCCUUAAGAAGCCAGAGGAGGAAAAUAAAGACAAAAAAGAGAAUCUGCCUGGGCCAAGUGGCAGCAUGGCUAAGUAUGGGCAUAAGGAUUGGCGUCGCUAUCGGUUCCUAAUCAAUCUCGAAAGAUACAAUGUGCCAAUUGCAAGGACUGGCAGCACACCCUGUGUUAUGGCUACUAUUCCUAAUCUGAUGAAAGAACUAAUUCAGCUUAUCCGAAUGCGCAAAACAAUCGAAUGCGUUCUUGCUACGGGGGCAACGCCAACUUUGAAUUGGCAGCUGGCCAGAUAUCUUAACUGCAGCGAUGACGAGGCUCGUGCAACAGUCCACAGUAUCCGGAAACUUGGCAUUCUGAAAUCAGCCGAUUGGAGCAAGAUGAAAGACUACUAUAAGACAGGGUGCUCCAAAUUCUGGCUCCGCAAGACAAUCCCAUCCUGCAAUACCAUUUGCAGCGAAAUCUUGGACCCGAUGUUGUUCAUCCGGGAAUAUUAUGAAAUACCACCUCCUAUCCCCCCGCCAAUGAUUCGGUCACAUUGGUCUCGGUCUGGUAUACCGAUCUUGAACGGUAACAUGAGUGAGUCCGCUGAGUGGUAUAAUACCAUCGACCCUCGCUGGCAACCAAAACUUUGGGAGCGGGUUCGCUCUAACCCUUCGACCAAUGGGUAUUUCUUUGAGGGACAGACCUCAAACAGCGUAUCGAAGCGUUUGCUGAAUUUGGCAGACGAAGAAGGGGUUGAAGAUGAUUCCGUGUCUGCUCCGGAGGUCAAGAAGAUGAAGCUUAGAUAG